AGGUUUGCUUGCAAAAUUGAUUAGUUGCUGAUAAGAGUUAAGUAAGAUAAUUUAAGUUGGUAUGAUGGACAGAGUGGUAGAUUUGGAGUGAGAAAACUUGGAAAUGAAUCUCAGUUUUCUGGGUGACCUUGAGCAAGCCCUUGCUCAAACUCAGCUUUCUAUUUUGAAAAAUGCAGCUGGCUGCUUAAGGAAGAUAACAUCCACCAGGGCGCCUGGCCCAGAAAAGACGCUCUGAAGUGUUAGGUGAUCUUGUCCAAUCAAUGCCAGUUAUAAGACCGCAUCUGCAAGCUUUGUGGAGGGCUCAUCAUUCACUGCCACCAGAGGCUACAGUCCUGAUAAUGAAAAUUGCCUGGAGAAGAACCACAAUUUUAAAAAAGUAUUUGUUUACUUGGCUGCACCGGCUUUUAGUUGCCUCUCACAGGGUAGUUCCCUGAUCAGGGAUGGAACCCAGUCUCCCUGCAUUGGGAGCGCGGGAGUGAGUCAGCCAUUCGACCACCAGAGAAGUCCCCACAGUUCUUGAAAAAAAAAGAAAAAAAAUUCAGAAACACAAAGCCACUUUUCCAUUGAUCCUUGCCCACACUGGUUUUGCUCCUUCAAAAGACUCUAUCACAUGCGGGGGCCCAGAAGUCGGGGGAAGCCUAGAGGACCGGGAAGCACCGCAUGGUGGGAGGCGGCGGCGCGCGUUGCUGGGCUGGUGUCCUGGCAACCCCGGAACGCGCCUCCCCGGGUGAAGCAGGUGGCCGCGGCGUCCCUCUUGCCCUUGGCUCUCGGAUCUUCGGCCUGCAGUUCGGCAGUUCGGCUGCCAGUUGGGGUUGCUGAGUCCAUGGACGCUGGAAGCGGUCCUCCGGGCUCUCAUCUCCGCCUCCUCUACAACAGAGACCUGAAGAAGGUUCAAGAGAAAGGAGACUCUGACAUCACCACGGGAGAGAAGAGAUACAGUACCAAGCGCAAUGCUCUUCUGGAAUCUAAGGGAUGCUUUGCCAGCGUAAUAUCACCUGGCAGAAGGGUCAGUCCCUCCUCUACUGAAACAGGUCUAAGUGUCGGUGGGCCUCUCAGCCCUGGCAGAGGCUUUGUCCACCUAGACCCUGCUGCAGAGUUGGAUCUGAAAUCCUCCUCCUCACAUUCUGAUCACUCCUCUGAAACUUCACUGCCUGAAGUCCAAAAGGAUAAAUAUCCCCAGGAAUUCAGCCUGCUCAAGUUGCAGACAAAAGAUGGGCACCGUCCUGAGUGGACAUUUUACCCAAGGUUUAGCAGCAACAUCCACACCUACCAUGUUGGAAAGCAGUGUUUCUUUAACGGGGUCUUCCUCGGCAAUAGGAGGUCUCUAUCAGAGAGGAUAGUGGACAAGAGCCUUGGGAGAAAGAAAUGUGUUCUUGACCCCAGGAAUGGCAUCCCAAAGUUAACUCCAGGAGAUAAUCCAUAUAUGUAUCCAGAACAGAGUAAAGGCUUCCACAAAGCAGGAUCAACUCUCCCUCCAGUGAAUUUUUCAGUAGUGCCCUAUGAAAAGAAAUUUGAUACAUUUAUUCCACUUGAGCCUCUUCCACAAAUCCCCAACUUGCCUUUCUGGGUGAAGGAAAAGGCCAACAUGCUGAAGAGUGAGAUAAGAGAAGUCGAAGAGCUUGACGAUUGGCAGCCAGCGGUCUCCUUGCUACACAGUUUGCUACCUGCUGGUGGGUCAAAGGACUUGCAAAAAAUAGCAUAACAACUGGAGGCAAGCCCGGAAAAGCAGACUUUUGAGAGGCUUCACAAUGGAGAGGAGAGAGGCAGAGCCUCUCCCAGAGUGGAUGGUAUCCUUUGCCCCGAGGGGGCCCCUGGGCAGAUGUCACGACUGUGGGUCGCUGUCAAGUGUAUGUUCGAGAACUGGUAGUCUUGUGAUGGAGCACAGCCUUUAACUCUGUGCCUCUAUCCACAGGUUCUUUGGACUUUCCAAGACAGUCCUGAACAGAAGGUCCAGGAAGCAGGCCCUGACUGGCCCCUGGAGAGCCUUUUCCUGUUGAGUGCUUCUGUUAGUGCAGCUGUUCUAAAUCAAAUGUUUGACUUGGAUGCAAAA